UAAUGAAUCAUAUUUUUUCCUGAGCAUCGACACCGGUAAAGAAGGAUUCACGUCAGCACAGGGAAAUAAAACGACUGUUGACUGUUCACUGUUCACAAUGAUGGAGGAUGAAGAAUUAGAGUUUGUGGAAGAUUUGGAGGCGAUAUUACACCUUACUCCAGAAGUGCAGCUGGCCAUUGAGCAGGUUUUCCCCAGCCAAGACCCUUUGGAUCGAACCGACUUCAAUGCUGUUGAAUACAUUAAUACAUUGUUUCCAACAGAACAGUCUUUGGCGAAUAUAGAUGAAGUGGUGAAUAACAUUCGACUUAAAAUCAGACGGUUGGAUGACAACAUCAGGACAGUAGUGAGAGGACAGACUAAUGUGGGGCAAGAUGGCAGACAGGCGCUGGAGGAGGCCCAGAAAGCCAUCCAGCAACUCUUUGGCAAAAUCAAAGACAUCAAAGACAAAGCGGAGAAAUCGGAGCAAAUGGUGAAAGAGAUCACGCGGGACAUCAAGCAGUUGGACCACGCAAAGCGUCACCUGACCACCUCUAUAACCACCCUCAAUCACCUGCACAUGCUGGCUGGCGGUGUGGACUCCCUUGAAGCUAUGACUCGAAAAAGGCAGUAUGGGGAGGUGGCCAAUCUCCUUCAGGGUGUAGUCAACGUCCUCGAGCACUUCCAGAAGUACAUGGGCAUCCCCCAGAUACGCCAGCUCUCAGAGAGAGUUAAAGCUGCACAGAGCGAGCUUGGCACGCAGAUACUGGCCGACUUCGAAGAGGCUUUUCCUGCCCAGGGGUCAAAGAAAUCUGGAGGUCCUAGCAUUGUUCUCAGAGAUGCCUGCUUGGUGGCGAAUGUCCUGGAUCCUCGGAUUAAGCAGGAGAUCAUCAAAAAGUUCAUCAGGCAGCACCUUUCAGAAUACUUAGUGCUCUUCCAAGAAAACCAGGAUGUGGCGUGGCUCGAUAAGAUAGAUCGGCGCUAUGCGUGGAUCAAGCGUCAGCUUGUGGACUAUGAAGAGAAGUAUGGGCGAAUGUUCCCGGAGGAGUGGUGCAUGACCGAACGCAUCUCUGUAGAGUUCUGUCAUAUCACCAGAACCGAGCUGGCCAAGCUGAUGCGAACCCGUGCCAGGGAGAUCGAGGUCAAGCUUUUGCUCUUCGCUAUUCAGAGGACCACCAAUUUCGAGGGACUGCUGGCUAAGCGCUUCUCGGGCUGCACCUUAAACGACGGGCCUGGGCAGAAAAAACCUGAGACGCCUUUAGAACCAACAAACCCCUUUUUAGAAGACGAGGACAACGUAUCAGAAAAGGAUGAAGAUUUGGAUAGACCAAAGAAGCCGAAGGCUCCAGACAACCCCUUCCACGGCAUUGUGUCCAAGUGCUUUGAGCCUCAUCUCUACGUUUACAUCGAGUCGCAGGAUAAAAAUCUUGGCGAGCUGAUCGACCGUUUUGUUGCUGAUUUCCGGGCACAGGGUCCCCCUAAAUCAGGUACAGAUGAGGGAGGCGCUGUGCUCCCCAGCUGUGCAGAUCUCUUCGUGUACUACAAGAAGUGUAUGGUCCAGUGCUCACAAUUGAGCACCGGAGAGCCCAUGAUUGCUCUGACCACAAUCUUCCAGAAGUAUCUGCGCGAGUAUGCCUGGAAGAUCCUCUCUGGGAACCUACCAAAGACCAGCACCAAUAGUGGUGGUCUAACCAUCAGCAGCCUGCUGAAGGAGAAAGAGGGAUCAGAAGUGGCCAAGUUCACAAUGGAAGAGUUGUGUCUUAUUUGCAGCAUCUUAAGCACAGCUGAAUACUGCCUGGCUACCACACAGCAGCUGGAGGAGAAGCUCAAGGAGAAGGUGGACAAGACCCUAAUGGAGAGAAUCAACUUAACUGGGGAGAUGGACACCUUUAGCACGGUUAUCUCAAACAGUAUCCAGCUCUUGGUUCAGGACCUGGAUGCUGCAUGUGAUCCAGCCCUCACAGCUAUGAGCAAGAUGCCGUGGCAGAGUGUGGAACAUGUGGGAGAUCAAAGCCCGUAUGUGACCUCUGUAAUCAUGCACAUCAAACAAAAUGUGCCCAUCAUUAGAGACAACCUGGCCUCCACCCGGAAAUACUUCACCCAGUUCUGCAUUAAGUUCACCAACUCCUUCAUUCCAAAGUUCAUCAACCACCUGUUUAGGUGUAAGCCAAUCAGCAUGGUUGGAGCAGAGCAGUUACUUCUGGAUACACAUUCCCUCAAGACCGUUCUUCUAGACCUCCCUUCCAUUGGCUCUCAGGUGGUCCGUAAAGCCCCGGCCAGCUACACCAAAAUAGUGGUUAAAGGAAUGACUCGAGCGGAGAUGAUCCUCAAGGUGGUCAUGGCCCCUCACGAGCCAUCCGUGGUCUUUGUGGACAACUACAUCAAGCUCCUUGCUGAUAGCAAUCCUGAGACGUUCCAGAAGAUUCUAGAUAUGAAGGGUCUGAAACGGAGUGAGCAGGGCACCAUGCUGGAACUGUUCAGACAGAGGUUACCUAAUCCGCCAUCAGGGCCAGACAGUGGCCCAUCAUUGUCCUUCAGUGCCCCCACCCCUGAACAAGAAUCUUCCCGUAUCCGCAAACUGGAAAAGCUCAUCAAAAAGAGGAUUCAGUAAAUCAGAAGGAACUUUAUUCCCAUCAAUAUACUAAUGUGAGCGCUCUGUCUGGAUAUUCAGUACGGCCUGACAACGUGUCUCCACUCCAGUUUUAACAUGCUGAAAACGGUGUGUAAAUAGUACUGCUAUGUCUUCUGUAUGUAUUUAUGUUCUCUGACAGAUCGUGGUUUAACUUUGUGGCUUUUGUGACUCGCAUUACUAUGAGCCUUAUAAUUCAAGUCCUUUCCUGAACCUCAACACAUUACUGGCAUGUAUGAGUCAUUUUGCCACCCC